GAGGCUGCUGCCGCGAAACCUGCGGUGACGAAUUCCGAGGAGUCUGGUGGUGCGAAACCUUCACAUCCUGCACCGGCGGAUCCCAAGGUGGAGGCCCGGUCCCAGAGCGCAGGGCUUGCAGAGGAGCUCUACCGGGAGUAUUACCGUGAGCAUGGCUGCAAGCCGCCCAAUAAAGAGGAACUGAACGACUUUGCAAAGGGCAAGGGCUUUGACUUGCCCGUCCGCGCUGCAGCAAAGGUCAUCUUUGAGCCGCCUUUUCGCCUUUGA